GGCAGAUUCUGUGGCUAUGCUAUUGUUAAUUUAAAUAAAAUAGCUUUCAGACUACUCGAAUUUAAUUUGUUUUUAGCAGUCUUAUGUCUGUGUCAAUAUCAGGAUGAGACCCCAAAUUAAAAUUUCAGAAAUCACCUUGAAGAGACUGGAAAACAUAGGUGAACCAUGUUUUGGAAAAAUAUAUGGUAUUAUGGUAAAAAACACUAUUCUGAUUGUUGGUUUAGAAGUCGAUGUAGACAAUGAACCAAAUUUUAUAUACAGUUUUCCCGCAGAAGUUGAUCUCUAUGGAGUUUUUGAAGUUUAUUCAGAUCAUUUCCAUAAGGAAGAAAUUGUAGCUCGUAUUUCAAGAGUAGAUGUAACUGACAAUCCAAUAUUUAUAUCUCUAAAGCUAGGUGCAAUAAACGAAGUUUCGUUCAAUCUUGUUUCCAGUAAUAAAAUUGAACACAUACAGUUUAUUGUAACACCAGAACAAGAGAUUAAUACAGAUUUUGCACAUAUUAGGCUAAAAGGUGAAUUUUGUUUAAACACGUGCCAAGAUCGGGAAAAACUCUCUAAAGAUUUGCAACAGCUUCGUAAAACUGUAGCUUCAGGAGCUAUAGCCUUCACUUUUAAUAGCUUAAAUGUUAUUUUGGUAGCAAAUGAUAAUGAAAAUGGUAUAAUUGGUUUGACUGGUGAUCCAUCUUUUGGGGAAGUUUGUGAUGAAGCCAAUAUUAAGAAUGAAGGCAUUCAGAAGAAGAAAAAAAACCUUAAUAACAAUCUUGAAAUUGUGGAUAUGAGAAUGUUGAAAAAAGUUACAAGUAGUGAUCCUAACAGUGAAAAUACAAGUCAUUCUCCGGUUGUCGCCUUUAAUAGAAGGCCAGGUAAUUUACUCAAUUUAAACAUUAAAAUUGAUUUUCUGGCCAUGAUACACAAAAAGACUAAUCUCUCAAAGAUGUAUGGUAUACUACUGGAAUGUGCAAUUAGAAAUUUGCGAUUAUAUGAAAGUGCUCUUCAAGAAAAAGUCAAACAAGGAGUUACUGGUCCAUGUACACCAGAAACGACCCAUUUUUAUCCUAAAGAAUGUGGUCAUUUCAUAACCAGAAUCAAUUUCCAUGAACCAGAACACACACAGAGAAUACAAAGGGAAGUACUACAUAAAACCCUGUUGCUUAGUACAGAUAGACCAAUUUUUCGAAAAAAUAAUCAGUUUGUGUUUAAAAAAAAUCAAAAUAAUGGACCAUUAAUUUGUCCCCAUGAAGGAGUUAAAUUGACAGAUAAUGGUGGAAAAAUAUCCAUUGUUAGAGGAAAAUAUGAGUAUUAUCACUACUGCCAGAACAAAAUAGAUGACAAUGGAUGGGGAUGUGCGUACCGUUCUCUGCAAACUUUAGCUUCUUGGUAUAAACAUCAAGGGUACACUGAUAAAGAAGUCCCAACAUUUAAAGAUAUUCAAAAGUGUCUUGUGGAAAUUGGAGACAAACCACCCAGUUUUAUAGAUUCACGCCAAUGGAUCGGUUCAACUGAAGUUAGCUUUGUUUUGGAUAGUUUAUUGGGUGUCACCUCAAGGAUUUUGUUUGUGAGCUCUGGUGAUGAAAUGGGCUCGAAAGGACCAGAACUUGUUAAUCAUUUUGAAGUACAUGGGUCUCCAGUAAUGAUAGGUGGGGGUGUUCUGGCACAUACAAUCUUAGGGGUCGAUUAUAAUCAACAAACAGGGACCUUGAAAUUUUUGAUACUUGACCCCCAUUAUACUGGUGCUGAAGAUUUGCAUAUUAUACAAAGUAAAGGGUGGUGCGGAUGGAAAGGGGUAGAUUUUUGGGAUAAAAGUGCCUAUUACAAUAUGUGUCUACCUCAAGUACCCAGGGAAAUUUAAAGGAAGCUCAU